AUGGAAUUUCGAUACGAGGAGAAUGACCGUGAAGUGAGCCCACCAGAUUCGAAGGAGGCUGAAGAGAUGAAAACCUUGUAUUCUGUUGAUAUUUCUGCCAGAGUAGUAAGAAGAAGACUGAUAGAGAAGUGUCUGAAAGAAGCAUGGCUUAGUGAAGCCAAUUGCAAGAAGAGGCUUAACUGGGCAAAAUUUCACCAAAACUGGAGUGCUCAAUAUUGGGCAAAAGCGGGGUUUGGUCUGAUGAAAGCAACUUUGAGAUUUUUGGAAUUCUUGGUGCCGUUGUCACAAGAAGGAGGCGAAGCCUUUUACCCAGAUUGUGUUUUCUCUACUGUCAAACAUGGUGGGAAGAAUAUAAUGAUCUGGGGUUGUAUGGGGGCUUCGGUUGAUGGAUAA